UCAACUUGUGUUCUCAUGAUAUUGCUUCAACAUGGUUGACCGUAUCCAUUCGUCUUUGUGCGGUCCCUCAGUGACCAAUGUCACUAUCAGGUUUUUAUGUGUGGUUUUCAGCUCCUCAUUGUCAAGGAGAAAAAGCUGGUACUGGAUGGAGGUCUACUUGGGAUGAGCAGCAAACAGAAGCCUUCCAAAUCAGAUAAACCCAUUGUUUCUUCCCGUCAAAACGAGCCAAAAAAACAAAUUGUGAUCUGUAACCAUGGCCUCCUUCAUAAUGUCCGACUUCAACGUGAAGAGGUGCGUGAAAAUCCAAUAAGUCUUUCAGCUUCUGAGUAUGAGAGAAUCCUCGCGAGAGCCAGGGACCCAAGUUUCUUGGUGAAGGAGGAGGCGGCUUCUCAAAGGAAAAGGGAUGAAAUUAUGGCUGCAGAGGAAAGGAAACGGCAGAUGAUUGAGAAGGACUAUUGUUUUGUUACAAAGGAGGCAGAAACUGACAUACAGUCCAAGAAGCAGGGCUUCGAACGUUAUCGGCACAUGCGGUGCAAAGCCCAGAUGGAAAAGGACAGUCAGAUUCUAAAGCUGGACACAUGUAUUGAGCGUUGUAAGAUCCAGGCUGAGCUUGACACCCAACUUGAGUGGAAAAAGCACUGUGAGGCUGUUGAGUUUUCCAAAAAGAAGGCAGAAUUUGAGUGGGAGCUCAAGAAUCACCAAGAGAAGCUCAACAAGCAUGAGGAGAAGGAGAAGAAGCGUAGGGAGGAGGGACGCCUCCAUUUACAGGCACUAAAAGAGCAGAUAAGAGAAAAGGAACACGCUACUGAUGCCAGGCUUCGAGAGAGGCUAAACAUGGCUAAACACGUUUCUGACGAGGUUCAGUUAGAAAAUAAAUGCAUCGAUGAGCUCAAGGAGGAGAGGCUAAGUGAUCUAAGAGCUUCUGGGAUUGCGGACAAGUACUACAGUUAUGCAAAGAGGAAGACCACAGAAGAUGGUGCAAAAUCCAAGAAUUUCCAGUACCAUGCACAAUGAUAUAUAACCAAGAU